AUGGGCCCGCCCAAGCGUGAGCUUGUGUUGCAAGAGCUGGUGAACACGGAACGCGACUAUGUCACGGGUCUCUCCCUCGUGAAGAAGUGCUACAUUGACAAGCUCAAGGAUGAGCCCGAGUUUCCCCCGGAUGUGAUGGACCGCAUCUUCCUGAACGUGGAGGAGAUCUUGGCAUUCCACACACGUCUGCUGAAGGCAUUUGAAGACUCCAACGCUGCCGAAGUCACCGGUGCCCUGGAGCAAGUCUUGCUGGACAACCGUGACGGGUUCCUCAUCUACACCAAGUUCUGCAACCACCACGAGGGGAGCGUGGCGCUGCUGUAUGAGCUUGUCUCGACACCAACUGCAUGCGCCCACAUCAAGUCAUGCCAACUGCUGAGCAAGUCCAAGUUGAACCUGGAGUCAUAUCUGCUAUCUGUCAUUCAGCGCAUCUGCAAAUACCCGCUCCUUCUCAAGGAACUGCUCAAAGCAACAGAACCGCCACAUGACGCGAAAACACAGGAGGCGCUUGACGCGAUGCUGUUUGUUGCCGAUGCCGUGAACGAGGACAAGCGACGGCUGGAGAACUUGCAGAAGAUUGACAGCUGGGAGAGCACAGUCACGGGGUGGACUGGACCGAAACUCCGGGACACGAGCAAGCAGCUGCUGUGCCAGGGACUGCUCACCAAGUGGUCGCGCACUGCACAGAAGAAGGUGCACUCGAACCAGCGCUGGUUUUUCCUGUUUGACCACGUUCUCGUCUACUGCAAGGGGGCGCCGGCGUGUGCAAAGAAGGGAAAACUGGACGAUGCCUCUGUGCUUGCGAGCGGGGAAGGCCUGACGUUCAAGGGCCGGAUUGACACGCGCAACAUUGCACUGCUGGACAUGGAGGAUGACAAAGGACACGCGGAGACAAACGGACAGGCGGUCCGGUUUGCCUUCAAGAUUAGCAACCAAGCCAAGGGCAAGUGGUACAUCCUCGCCUGCACCUCCCAGGAUGAAAAGGAACGCUGGAUGGAGUGUCUGCUCGAGGAGCAGCAGCGGUACCUGACAUCGCAGGCGGGGCGCAUGUCGCGCGUGCAGCCGUCAGACAAGGCCGCCCUUGAGCUCAGGAAACUGCUUGGUGCUGCUGCUGCUGCUGCUGCUGCUGCUGUUGUUGUUGGUGGUGGCAGCGGUGGUGGCAAGGCCAAGGCAGUCAUUCGAGACAUCAAGUCUGGUCUGCGCACGUAUCGCACGUGCUUCACCGGCGAGGACCUUGUUACCUGGCUCGUCAACAGCAGAUGGGGCGACAUCACAGACACGGAGUCGGCUGUGCUGUACGGGCAGAGCUUGGUUGACGAUGGCGUCAUCCACCACGUGCACGACAAGGCUGGAUUCGAGAACUCUGGCAAGCUGUACCGGUUUCGGACGGACGAUGGGACGUACAGCGACAAGUCCAUCAUCCAGCACAUCAACCUCCUUGGCAUGCGCAUCUACAUCCGGGUGCAGACCCGAGAAAGCUGUAAUCUGAUUCGCUCGAUGGUGUACCACAUGAAGACAUUCCACCACGUUUUUGAAGGCUGUGAACUCGUUGAUUGGCUCAUUGACCACCAAUAUGUGCAGAACAGAGACGACGGCAAGACGCUCGGAACUGCGCUGCUGCAGGCGGGAUUCAUACACCACGUGGUCAACGAACACGAGUUUGAGGACAAGCCCUUCUACUACCGCUUCACUGCCGACGACAUGCUGAGCAAGCCUGCGUCGGUGUCCAAGAUUGUGGCGCGAAAGGGGGUGGAGGCGGUGGCUGGUCAGCACACCAUCGCCCGCCGCAACGGCACAUUUGGAUUUGUCCUGACGUCUGCGAAACCAGCGUGGAUUCGCAGCGUGGACGAGGGAUCAGCAGCGCAGGAGGCGGGGCUGCAGCCAGGCGACUUUGUACUCAAGGUUAACGACGUCGUGGUGACACAACACGAGCACUACGAUGUGGUUGACUUGAUUCGGCAGUCUGGUGACAGCGUCACACUCAUCACCCGCUCCCGCGCAGUGCACGAACGCAUGGUGCGCGAGCAGCAGCGUGGAGAGGCAGCCCGACGCGCCUCCAACGGCUGUCUCAGCUUCACCCAGACCCAGUACACCUACCCUUCAAGCAUUGGCAAGCAAAUCAAGGCUGUUGAGCUGCUUGAAGAGUCGCCCGUGUGCAUCGCGGCCGCGCGUGCGUGUCUGCAACUCUUCAUCUCGGAGGACAGGAACCUGGCGCACGUCAUGCGCGGACAAAACUUCCUCCCCGGCGAUGGAUUGGAGGGGCGUGGCGAGAGCGUUGGGGAACGCCCACCAAUGCGUGUUGCCAGCAUUGGAGGAAGACACGCUGUCCGUGCACGGCAGGCGAGCUUCCGUGGCGGCGUUGGUGUUGCUGGUGGCAACGGCAUUGCGAGUGGCGUUGGUGACGGUGCUCCUCGCGACGACGGCGACAACGACGAUGAUGAUGAUGAUGGUGAUGAUGACGUCGAGGCCAUGUUGGACGUGCCAGACUGGUUUGAGGAAGAGCUGACACCUGAAGCAAGGGACGCGUGCCUCAAGCAAAUCUCAGAACGCCUCUCCACCUACGAGCACAUUGUUGAACACAUUGGACGUAUGGAUGAGCAGCUUGUCACGUUCAAGAGCAGCAUGAAGAAGACAGACGAUCUCUUGGCGUUCCUCCCGACGAACCUUCACCACCAGAAGAUGGAGGUGGCCGGUGACGCCGAGCACCUGGCAGCAUACGCCUGGACAACAGUCGGCGUCUUCUCGGCACACAACCUCGGCCUCGCCAACACGUACCUCGGCUGGGAGACCCACCGCUCGUGCAGCGCGCUGCCGACGGGCGCAAUUGUUUACUGCCAGCGCCACUUUGAUGCCAUGCUGGAGCACCUCGCACGGCUGCAGACGACUGUGGCGAAAGCAGCUGCGCUUGAAGGCGCAGCAACACCAGUGCACGCUGCCAACGCCUCCGCUUCUGCUCGCCGUAUCCGCGAUGCAGGUGCACAGGUCGUCCGCGCGGCCGAACGGCUCAAGGUGCAGCCGCACCUCACCAGGGCACUCGCAGUUGCGCUGCUGUGUAUGCAUAUGCGUGCGAGUGGUCGCCCCGACCUUCGUGCGCUCGUUCAGUCUGCACAGGAUGCUGUCCACAUCGCAAAGCAGUGCCUUACAGACGCGACGGGGAAGGUGGCGUGUGUCGCAUCCAUUUCUCUCCGCGACAUUGUGCCCGUCCCAGAACACCCAAUCAUGCACGGCCUGACGUACAGGGAAGAUCUGAUCAACGCCCAGGCCAUCUCAACCCUCGUCUCAUGCCUCGUGACGCAGCUCGCCACGACGUUGUCUCGAGUGGUUGCGGCCAAGGCUACAUCAGAUGCCUGGCUGGAAGCAAUCUGUACUCACGGCGUGUUCAUCUGCUUCCAAUCUCUCGUCAGCACAGGCGACUUUGAGCAGAGCAUGCUGGCUGAUCACGAUCACGCAGUCGAGCGUUUGAAUCGCGUGACCGUCUCCUUUCAGAAGCACACGCAGGACACACUCGCCGCAGACCAACGCUUCAAGCUGACAGGCUCACGCUUGUCACCACACGUGACGCUGUUUGUCGACAAGACCAUCUUCGCACUGUUGUCGUCUGAUGUGCGCGCUGGGCGCUGGCUGUCCGUGACCGCUGUGCUGUUCACGCAGGGGGUGAACGAAGUACAGACACUUGCAAACGCCCUGCAGGGCAUAGGGUACCAAGACGACAUCAACGAACGCAACUUCAAACUGCUGCAGGAAUUUUGCUCGCGCGUGCGUGCGCAUCUGUGCCAGCGGUCGGCCGCACUUGACGGCGAGGGCGAACAGCUCCAACGCGCACAGAUUGCAAAGAGGGAGGAGACGAUUGGGCAGCUGCUGGAUGGACUGGAGGCCGAGCUGAGCACAACCGGCGAGAAGAACAUCGCGCUGCUGACGGCGGUGGAGGAACUCACCAACAUGCUCCAUGGCAUCACAGUCGCCUCGUGCAAGAGCGCAAAGGACAGGACAGCCAUGCUGGUUACGCUGCAUCAGGCAUGCCAACUUGUGCGCCACCACCACCUCCACUUCUCCCAAUUCCGCGAGAUGCUCAAGCAAAUGCGAACACAUGGCGUUCGUCGCGAAAAUGUCGUGAAGAACACUGGGAAAUCCGUAUUUGCAUUUGACAAAGACCAAGUCGAGAACCACCUCCCCUCGCUGCUGCGGCCCCCAGACAAAACCUACGGCAAAAACGUCACCUAA